CAUUUUUAUUUUUUUCAUAUUUAUUUUUCACUCUCUUCUUUCUCUCUCUCUAAAUCCAGAUUCCAGACGACCCGGCGAAGACGAAGCUGGAACGGUUAUUUCCUCUGAACCAGUACGGUUAUUUCUAAAAGCUUCCAUUCAACCUCCAUUAAUGGCGUUCCAUCUUCAACACCUAUUCAUGAUUCAUGAUUUCUACUCCUUUUCUCUAUCUAUUGUCGCUAUCUGAUUCAAAGCUAGGUAUACAAUCUAUUGAUGAUUUUCAUUAUAUUCGUUUUUUUCACUGUUAGUCUGUUUCAACAUUCAAGUGAUAGAUGAAUGAUAUCGAAUCAACUAUAGAUUAAAUGAGUAGCAGCGAGUAUAGUUGUACUAGUUUUAGCCGGUUAUCAUUUGACGCUACUGAAUUACCGGAAACAUCACAGUCGCCGGAGAAUCUAACGCUGAAGCCACACAGGUCAUCGGAUUCGUCAUGGCAGGCGAUCCGAUCCGCGAUUUAUAAUCGUAAAGUUAACGGACUUAGUUUCCGUGAUUUCCGACUAAUGAGACAGAUCGGAAGCGGAGAUAUCGGUAGAGUUUAUCUCUGUAGUCUCCGUGGAGACGAUGAUAGCAGUUUCUACGCGAUGAAGGUUGUCGAUCGGCAGGUUCUUGCUGCGAAGAAGAAACUUCAGAGAGCGGAAAUGGAACGGAAGAUCUUGAAGAUGCUUGAUCAUCCUUUUCUUCCUACUUUAUAUGCUGAAUUUGAAGCUUCUCAUUUCUCGUGCGUUGUAAUGGAGUAUUGCUCCGGCGGCGAUUUACAUUCGUUAAGACAUAGACAGAUUCAGAAACGCUUCCCGUUGAACUCCGCAAGGUUUUACGCAACGGAAGUUCUCGUCGCUCUUGAAUAUCUUCAUAUGUUAGGAAUCAUAUACAGAGAUUUAAAACCAGAGAAUGUAUUAGUCAGAUCAGACGGUCAUAUCAUGCUAUCCGAUUUCGAUCUCUCCCUGUGUUCAAACACAAUCGCCGCCGUUGAAUCACCGGAGCUCUCUCCCGAUCCACCGACUCCGGCCGACGCACGUUCACCACGUACAACCACUCCAUUCUUCUGCAUCUCAAACCGUCUAUUCAGAUCAAAGAAGAUCCAAACCCUAACUCGGAAUCGUUUAUUCGUCGCCGAACCAGUAACCGCCCGAUCAUGUUCAUUCGUCGGAACUCAUGAAUACGUCUCACCGGAGGUCGCCGGCGGUAAGUCUCACGGGAAUGCUGUUGAUUGGUGGGCGUUUGGAAUCUUUAUCUAUGAGAUGAUAUAUGGACGGACGCCGUUCGCCGGAGAUAGUAAUGAAGCUACUCUGCGUAAUAUAGUGAAAAUGCCGUUGAAAUUUCCGACGAGUAUGGCGGCGAGUGCGAGUGAAACGCAGGCGCGUGAUUUAAUAUCGGGUUUGUUGUUAAAGGAUCCGGAGAUUCGACUCGGGUCAAGGAGAGGGGCGGCUGAAGUAAAGACCCACCCGUUUUUUAAAGGGUUGAAUUUUGCCCUUGUUCGGACGCUUAAACCGCCGGAUAUUCCGAUGACGAAUGCUAGGUUUCCGGCGAAGAAUGCAAUGAUGUUUGAUUGCUUUUGAUCAUUGUGUAAUUAUGGAUUUACUGAUUUUGAUCAGUUCUCAUCAUUACAAUGAUUUUAUGAAUAUUAAUCUUUAUACUCAUGACAUGAUGAUGAUAAUCUUAAUAUAAUUUUAUUUUGAUUA